AUGACAAGGAGCCCCGGAGGGUGUGAUGAGACAUCAACAACGAUCGGGUACAGAACAACUUCAAAUGCAACAAACCUCGAAAACACAACCGAAACAGGUUUAGAAUCCACAAAGUCAGAUUACACAACUAAAACUCCUGAUAUAGAAUCAGAGCAAACGACAUUGAAGGAUGAAUUAUCUAGUGUUGUCACCGCAGAGGAUACGGAGAUGGGUCAAUCUGAUACUUCCACACUGACUGAAUAUACGUCACCCGAUUAUACGCAACGUUUAACUACAGAUACUUUAUCAUCAUCCGAUACAAAAGUCCCUUUCAUUGAAAACUCGACGACAUCAAAUAUCGAUUCUUCGGUUUCCGACUCAUCCAUUGAAUAUACAACAGAAACGUCUUUGAAAACGGAAGAUUUUGCAACAAAAUAUCCUACCGAUCAAGAAACAAGGGAAGUUUCAACUACCACCAACAAUGCAACAAAAGAUGUUUCUAUGCUAACUAGUGAUAAAACGGAAAUUUCAACCUCUUAUAACCACCUAACGAUGGAAAAUACACAAAAUACUACCAUCCAGUCAGCAGCAGAAUAUUCAACCUCCACUGAUUACUCAACCACCAAAGAUUGGAGCGAUAUUAAUCAAGCAACAACAGAAUAUGUUACCUCUACUGAACAAGAAACAACAGAAUACUUAACCACAACUGAUCAAGAAACAGAAUAUUCUACGACUGAUGACCAUCUGAUGACAGAAAAAUCAACCACUACUUAUCAAGGAAUAACAGAAUAUCCAACCACAACAGAUCAAGCUACAGCCAAAAAUUCAACCACAACUGAUCAAAAACAGAUUUACUCACUCCAGAUCCUGAUCAUAAAGCUACAGAAUAUUCAACCUACACUGAACAAGAAACAACAGAAUAUUCAACAAACACUGAGCAAGAAGCAACAGAAUAUUCAACCCACGCUGACACUGAACAAGAAACAACAGAAUAUUCAACCAACACUGAACAAGACACAACAGAAUAUUCAACAAACACUGAACAAGAAACAACAGAAUAUUCAACAAACACCGAACAAGAAACAACAGAAUAUUCAACCAGCACUGAACAAGAAACAACAGAAUAUUCAACCAACACUGAACAAGACACAACAGAAUAUUCAACAAACACUGAACAAGAAACAACAGAAUAUUCAACAAACACUGAACAAGACACAACAGAAUAUUCAACAAACACUGAACAAGAAACAACAGAAUAUUCAACAAACACUGAACAAGAAACAACAGAAUAUUCAACAAACACUGAACAAGAAACAACAGAAUAUUCAACCAACACUGAACAGGAAACAACAGAAUAUUCUACCAACACUGAACAGGAAUCAGCAAAAUAUUCAACCAACACUGAACAAGAAACAACAGAAUAUUCAACAAGCACUGAACAAGGAAAAACAAUUAUUCAACCACAACUGA